AUGGAAGGGAUUCCUGAGUUAACUUUAAACACUCAUGUUAAUGAGUUAACUGUGCUUUGUGAAACAAUUGUGGACUUCAAGAAUCUGAAGGAUAAUGGCUUCGAUUUCUCUGAAACCUUGGAACACCAAGAACUGAAGGGUUUCUUUGAAAGAUUAAGCGCUCCUGUUUAUUCAAUAUUGGGGAAGCAGUUUUGGAUGCAUCCUACUGCAAAAAAGGAAAUAAUAACUUCCUAUGUUAUGAACAGGAAGAUUGGCAUUACUGAGAAAUCCAUUGUUGACUUAAUCUCGCACAAUGGAAAGGGAAAAAGAAUUCACAGUGCCAAGAUCAAUGCUAAGAGAGAAACAACUAUUGCUCCUAUCAUCUUCAAAGCUGGAACCAAUGUUGAGGAUGCUAAAGGUCCCAAUGCCAAGGAUUUAACCAACAACCUAAGACUUUGGUUCAAAAUUAUUCUGGGUUGCAUUCACCAUAGGCCUAACACCAAUAGUUCUAACUAUGGCAACACUCGUCAGAAGUUUAUGUUGUUCUUUCUAGAGAAGGGUCUCAAGCUGACAUCCCCUUCUAUCUUGUUAAAAUUCAUGAGGGAUUCAAUAAGAGAAUCCAGAACGGGUGGAUCAUCAAAUAAGAGAAAAAGCAAGUUCAUCCCCAAUGGAAGGAUUAUUUCUGACCUUCUUGUUGAGAAUGGUCUGGUUGAUGACCUUCUGGUCGGUGGUUUAACUGAUGAACUUGUGAAGGAUGUUGGAAAGAUCUUCUGGGGUAAGAAUAUAAAUAGCAUUGGUCUCAUUUAUAAUGUUGUAAGGUCAUAUUUCAUUCCCUCAAAGGAUGAUAUAUGUGGAAUGAGGAUUCUGGUAGACAACUUCCCAAUUUUUACUAAGAUUGUUCCUCCAGAAAUUCUAAUGGAUUAUCUUGAGAGUUGUCUUAAGGGUGGUAUUGACCCAAUGAUUGACCCAUUUAACUUACCAGGAACUUAUCCAGAUGUAUAUGGGAAAAGGAAGAAGGAAUCAAAAGAAGAAGGAUCUUCAAGACCUCAAAAGAAGAAGAAGAAAGUUGAUGUCCUUCUGGAUGAAGAUGAGAUGCCUCUUAGUGAGAGCCAUAAAGAAAUGCUUUUGAAUGACACGUCUGGUGUUGUCCAAUAA